ACUGGCACUUUUAAAAGUCAAGCGCCCAAACCGAACUUCACCUUCAGACGCGUGUUGCUCCUCAGAAAAAAUUUUCUUUAAUCUUUUCAUGUACAAUGGCUGACUAUUGGGUUUCCACUCCUAAGCAUUACUGUAAAUUUUGUAAAUGUUGGAUGAAUGACCACAAGACAGUUAUUAUGCUACAUGAGAGAGGUCCUAAGCAUCAAGCAGCAGUGGCAAGACGGAUUAGAGAAGCCCGUGAAAAAUCUUCUGAGGCCAGUGCAGAGAGCGCUGAGCUACUAAAAAAAAUUGACCAGUUAAGCAGAGUAUUUAUGUGUGUUUGCUGUUAUAAAAAAUUAAGACCACAAACUUUGUUUAAAAUUUUGUUAUGUAAGGAUGCUAUGACUGCAUACGAGAAAGAUUUGUCUGAAAAUAGCUACCUGCUUAAUGACUCGAGCUUUCUAAGGGAAUUAGAAAGAAAUAAAAGAACAAACCAAAUAAUGAGCAAAUCUCAAGAAUUUCAGGGGGCCGCUGCAGCUGAAGCCGCCCUGAUCGAGGUUCAGAAGAAGGCUCAAGACAGGCAGAAAAAAGAAUUUUUGGACUUUGGACCUGCAGUUAAUAAAGGAACUAUUUGUAAUACUGCAAUUGACGAGGCAACUGGGCUAGGAUUAUGGCACUCCGUAGGCUCUUCCUCUGAGGAAGAGAAAAACUCUUCAAAUAAUAGGGUGGUCUCUUCGGUUCCUUUCAAGGAAUUACCUAAGCUUGCCACUGAAGCCCAAGGAGAUAGUACUCAAGCUUUAGAGACCACUUAUUGCGUUGAAGAGAAAGAGUGUGAAAUCAAUAAAAAACUUAGUAAAAGAAUGAAAAAAUUAAAAGAAGAAGAGGAAGAAGCAAAGGCUAUCUUUGUUAGCAAAGUGACGCCAGUUUUCUGUUCAGCUUCGCGCUUAUCUUCAUCUACUGAAAUCUCCUUCAGAAAAAGGCCAAAAAGAAACGCACGCGCAAGAGACGCCUAACUUCAUACAGAUCUUUCUUUCAGUAGUACUGUGAAAAAGCCAAAGUCUUGUUGGCUGGAGAGUAGCUCUUGCUGUCGCCUGUUUUGAAUAAAAGGCCAAU